AUGAUUAUUUCUCUUCUCAGAGAGCAGUGUUACAAUAUAUCUUUUUUAGGAACCACGACACCAGUUGUUCCUACGACUACGAUUUAUACGAACCAAAUUCUCAACCAAACAUCUGCAACAACCAAUCGUCAAAUCUAUUUGCUUUCAUCCCCAUUGACUGCAUCACCACUUUUGUCUCAAGUUAGUGCACUCUAUAUUGCACAGUCAACCUAUGAAACACUGACAUUUGGCAUACGUAAUGAUCCAGGAUAUACCUGGAUUGAUAAUAUUUCAGUUUUAUCCAACGGACACGAACUACUUGUCAACGGUAAUUUUGAAUAUGCCAAUAAUACUGGUUGGCAGGGUGCAUCUCACCUCGGUAAUACUUGCGGAGUAUGUAGUUCAUAUUGUUAUAACGACGGUGUAACGGGUAAUCCAGAUUAUGUUAGUCAAACAUUUCAAACCACACCCGGAUCAUUAUUAUAUAUCAGUUUCUAUAUUGGAUGGAGCGGCAGUGGUUCUGCUGUUCUAGCUAAUGUAACAAUAUAUCCUUGA